CCGGCACCUGCGGGGCGGGACUGGCACCGGGACCGGGCUCACCUGCGGAUCCGCGGCGGCGGCGCCUCGAUCCCUCCGGCACCGCAGUAGCACCGGCAGCCAUGGGGCGGCGGGGGUUCUGUCCGGCCCAGCUCUGCCUCCUACUCCUCCUGCUCCAGGCCAGCCCCCGGCUGUGCGAGCAGGCAGCUCCAUGCCAGCCCAGCUUCACCACAGAGACCUUCGCCCUCACCAUGCCGCAGGACAGUGUGGCGGCGGGACAGAAGCUGGGACAAGUGAGUUUUAGGGACUGUGACAAGCAGCAAUCUGCUGUGAUCCUCUCGGACGACACGCGGUUCAACGUGAGCAGGGAUGGCGUGAUCUCUGCCACCCAACCUCUGCAGCUCCAGCGGAGGGAGAUCAGCUUCUCCGUCCACGCCUGGGACACUGCGGGCAAGAGGCACUCGGCCAGGGUGACCCUGCGCAGGUGGUGGCAGCAGCAGCAGCAGGACAUGGCACCUGAUGUCCUGACCUUCCCUGAGCAUGGUCAUGGGCUCCAGCGGCAGAAGAGGGACUGGGUCAUCCCCCCUAUCAACUGCCCUGAGAAUGAGCGGGGGCCCUUCCCCAAGAAGCUGGUGCAGAUCAAAUCCAACAAGGACAAGGAGACCAAGGUUUACUACAGCAUCACGGGGCAGGGGGCGGACACUCCCCCUGUGGGCGUCUUCACCAUCGAGCGUGAGACGGGGUGGCUGGAGGUGACAAAGCCACUGGACCGGGAGCAGAUCGAUAAAUAUGUGCUCUUCUCCCACGCCGUGUCAGCCAACGGGCAGCCCGUGGAGGACCCGAUGGAGAUCAUCAUCACCGUGACGGACCAGAAUGACAACCGGCCUGUCUUCACCAAGCAAGUCUUUGUCGGCUACAUCGAGGAGAACGCAAAACCGGGCACAUCCGUGAUGACUGUGAACGCCACGGAUGCAGACGAUGGGAUCACUGUGAACAAUGGCAUCAUCGGCUACUCCAUCAUCAGUGAGGAGCCCAGGAGCGCGCAGCAGAUGUUCACCAUCAACCCAGAGAAAGGUGUCAUCAGUGUCAUCGGCACGGGGCUGGACCGGGAGACUACCCCCAACUACACGCUGAUCAUCCAGGCUGCGGACCAGGAAGGCACUGGCCUGGCUACCACUGCCACCGCCAUCGUGGAAGUCACUGAUGCCAAUGACAACCCUCCCAUCUUCGACCCCACCAGGUAUGAGGGGACGGUGAAGGAGAAUGAGGUGGGAGUGGUAGUGACCCGGCUGCACGUGACGGACGGGGACAUGCAGGGCUCCCCUGCUUGGCAAGCCGUCUACCAUAUCAAGAGCGGGGACCAGGACGGCAGCUUCGUGAUCACCACUGACCCCAAAACCAAUGACGGCAUCCUGAAAACCGCCAAGGGCCUGGAUUAUGAGAGCAGGAGCCAGUACAACCUUCUGGUGACAGUGGAGAAUGCUGUCCCCUUCGCCGUGCCGCUGCCACUCUCCUCUGCCAGUGUCCAGGUGAUGGUGGGGGAUGUGAACGAAGCCCCCAUUUUCAUGCCACCAGUCAAGAAGGUUGACGUGAUGGAGGACCUGCCGCUGGGCCACCAGGUCACCUCCUACACGGCCCAGGACCCCGACAAGGACCAGAGGCAGAAAAUCACGUACCGCAUGGGCAGUGACCCCGCGGGCUGGCUGGCCAUCAACCCUGAGACCGGCAUUGUCACAGCGGCCCAGCCACUAGACCGUGAGUCGGUGCACGCCAUCAACAGUACCUACAAGGCCAUUGUCCUGGCCGUGGAUAGCGGGGCGCCGGAUGCCACCGGCACGGGGACGCUGCUCCUCCUCCUCCAGGAUGUCAAUGACAACGGGCCCACACCAGAGCCCCGGAACUUUGACAUCUGCAACCAGCAGCCCGAGAAGCAGACGCUGACCAUUGUGGACAAGGACCUGCCCCCCAACACCUACCCCUUCAAGGCAGUCCUGGAGCAUGGCUCCGGUAGCAACUGGACCGUUGAGGUGACUGGUCGAGACCUAGUGGUGCUGACGCUGAACAAGGUGCUGGAGCCGGGCGAGUACAACCUGUUUCUGAAGCUGACGGACGGGCAGGGGAAGGUGCAGAUGACACCAGUCAAGGCCCAGGUGUGCGACUGUGAAGGGCCAGCCAAGAACUGCGAGCGGCGAGCAUACAUCGCUGGCGGACUGGGCGUCCCUGCCAUCCUGGGCAUCCUGGGGGGCAUCCUGGCUCUGCUGAUCCUGCUGCUGCUGCUGCUGCUCUUCGCCAGGCGAAGGAAGGUGGUGAAGGAGCCACUGCUCCCGCCUGAGGAUGACAUGCGGGACAACGUGUACCACUACGACGAGGAAGGUGGUGGCGAGGAGGACCAGGACUACGACCUGAGCCAGCUGCACCGGGGCCUGGAUGCCCGCCCCGAGGUGAUCCGUAAUGACGUGGCCCCCCCGCUGAUGGCCGCCCCCCAGUACCGGCCCCGUCCUGCCAACCCUGACGAGAUCGGGAACUUCAUUGAUGAGAACCUGAAAGCAGCCGACACAGACCCCACGGCUCCCCCCUACGACUCGCUGCUGGUGUUUGACUACGAGGGCAGCGGCUCGGAGGCCGCCUCGCUCAGCUCCCUCAACUCCUCCGACUCUGACCGCGACCAGGACUACGACUACCUCAGCGACUGGGGCAGCCGCUUCAAGAAGCUGGCGGAGCUUUAUGGCGGGGGGGAGGAGGACGAUUAGGAUCCCCAGGUCCCCCCCGGCCGGCAGCCACCCCGCGCAGGCGGCUCAACUCAUUUCACCCACCGGACUCGUGUUGGAUUUCACCCAGGGGGGUGAACCCUCUCCGCCUCCCCUCAGCCUGAUGUCCACAUCCCCUGUAUUCAGUGCAGGGGAAACUUGGGGUCACCAGGGCUGGGGGGUUUGGUUUUCUAGGGAGCCUGUGUGUUUCCUCCCCCAUCAGCUCUGGGCAUCACGGUGCCGUUCAAUCCAUUCCACGUCCCGGAGCUGAGGUGCUCCCGGCCACGUGGGGCAGGGUCAGCUCCUUGUCCCUGGAGGGGACAGACCCCAACAGCUCCCGGCGUUCACUGUGCGGGAAAAGAGAUUUUCUGUCGCUUUCCAAAAUACCUCAUGUUCGUGAACCCAGUGCUGGAGGAGCAAUGCGGCCCCGGCACUGCAGCUCUGUGAGGCGAGGUCCACGAUAAACGCAGACCAAAGAUGUGCCAUCGCGUGCUGCACAUGAGGGAAUUGUAUUUGAUAAAAUACUCACAGGCAGAUUUCUAUUUUUUUGUACCCCAGAUUACGGUAUGAUUUCCUUCUUGUCGUGCCAGGUGUAAUUAUUGUGCAGUCAAUGAGAGGCGCUUUCGGAAAUCAAAGGGCUUUACUGAAAUUCUGAAUUCUGUGUUUAGCUGUUGUCGUGGUUUGUAUUUUUUUUAUCAUGGGAAAAGGGUUUGAUGCAGGCUGGGAAGCCAGCAAUGGUCUAGUAUUAAUUGAUUGUGUGGUUUUUAUAUAAAAUUGAAAUAAUAAAUUGUUUUAAGAAAACCAAA